GUGAUGGAGUAGUUUAUACCCUGUUUGGUCGCCGUUUCUCAUUCGCGUUUAAAUACUUCUAAAACUAUCACCUUUAUCGAAGUGCAUUAAUCGUUCAUAGGAAACGCAAGCCUGAUCGGAAUCCUGUAAAACAGCAUGUCAAUUUUUCGCGGAACAACUUUUUGGGUGCUCGUGUUAACGUAAUAGGAAAAGACAGUGCGGAAGGGUCAGGUUAUCUUCUUUGUUCGAGAAAAGCCUCAUCGGUAGGCAAUGGCGCGGGAACCUCGCGUUCUGAAAUCGGUGUGUGCAUGGCGUAGGUGAUGAUCGGUGUUUGUACAUACAUAUGGCAUGGUGUUUACGGCGAGUCGGAAGAUUUACGUGCCUCGCUGGAUUGACCAGCCUCGUCGAUUUUUGGACACGACCCGUGCCGUGAGUCGCCAUGAGGCGCAUUAGCGGAUAAUAAGCUGUCGUCUGAUCUGAUCAGUCCAUCCCCGCUUUGUGAAUGUCGUAAUCAAGAACGACGUCUGGUUUUGCUUUGUAACUGGCUCUUCUCGUGACCGCACAACAACUUGGCGGCAUGAACCGGCCGUCCAAAGCUGUAACCCAGGCGAAGAAAGUGGCACCACCAGCUGUACCCGAUGUAUUUCGACAUUCUGGUUCCUCUUUUGGAUCCGCUGGAUAUGCGAGCAGCGAAGAUAGCUGCUUCCUGCCCGGAAGUGGACCAGGAGGAACAACGGACGAGGGUUCUUACGGAGUGCCAUCUGGAAAAAGUCCGGGACCUAUUUUUACUCAUCCUGGCUUUGCUUUUCCAUCGGUUGUCGGCAAAUAUGCUCAUGCCGAAGAUCAAGGAAUCGACAUGACUCAAAGUCCUGGAAGAGAUAGUCCAGGUAGUUCAGGAUCAGGUUCUGGUUCCAGGCAUUCGACCGCUUCGCUAGAUUCAGGAAGAGCCUCGGGGUAUCAUUUAGGUCCUAGAGGACCUGGUGCUCUCACUUCGUCUCCCAGGUGUUCUAUUAGCUCGCUUGGCAGUCAUCCUGACAGACCGGCGGAUCUUGACGUCGUUCAUGCUUGGUUGACCGAGCUCCAAUUCGAGGAAUAUUUCCCAUUGUUUGCUUCUGCCGGUUACGAUCUUGCUACUAUAACGCGUAUGACGCCGGAGGAUUUAACAGCAAUAGGGAUCAAGAAGCCUAAUCACAGGAAACGUUUGAAAGCGGGAAUAGACAAUUUAAAUAUAGGAGACGGCUUACCAGAGCAUAUUCCUGGCUCGUUAGAAGAGUGGCUUAGACUUUUACGACUUGAAGAAUAUCUUGGUGCUCUUCAUCAACAGGGUAUGCGUUCGGUAGAGGACGUAACGACUCUCACUUGGGAAGAUCUGGAAGAUAUUGGAAUUGUGCGUUUGGGCCAUCAGAAAAAGUUGCUGCUAGCAAUUAAGAGAGUUAAGGAUAUUCGUGCUGGUAAACGCAUUCAGCCGCUGGAUCUUGCACGACUACCGCCACAUCCUGGACAAACACAAGAUGUAGUCAUUCAACGAGGUGGUCCUGAUCUACCAUCUCCCGACGAGGAUUGUUCCUCGCCAGUUUUAAGAUCUUUUCAAAGAGGAGGAAGCGAUACUACGUCCGGGUCUGCAUGGAGAAGCAUGUAUGCCGCUUUGCCAACCGAUUACAAUAUCAUCGGACGAGCUGGUUCACGAGGAAAGUCUUUAGAGAGUUUAGAGGAUGCACCUCUUGGGUAUCCUCCGUCUCCAGCUCCUUCCACGCACCCACAACAAAUUGAAUGGCGUCCACGUAGUUUCGAGGACGGAGAUCUCACUCCUACUAAUGAUACUUCCGUGGUAGAUGCAGGUGGAGGAACUCUUCCGCGCCCAAGGCAUUGUCUUGUACGUCCACGACCUGUAGCCAAGGUCGCCGCGACUCCAGGGCAAUUCAAGUCACUGCCAAGAGACUUUGAUAACAAGUAUCAAUUAACUUAUGGUCUUGAGAGUAGUCCACAUCUUCCAAAACGUUGUCCACCGUCUCCUCCGAGGCGCCAAAGCUCCAGAGAUACGAGUGGUACCGGUGUUGUUGGCGUUGGAGGAACGGCAGUCGGGGAUGUCGUGAUAGAUUGCAGCGGACCAGUACCAACUGCUUCUUGCGACGAUCAUCAUAUGCAUCAUCAUCAACAUCAUCACUUGCUUCAUCAUCCUUCGCCUCCACCUCCUGCACCCGCAGCAGCGCCAUCCACACCGCCGCAAAUGAAUCGACCACCUUCUUCCAUGUCUCGUUCUUGGGGUAGCGUCAGCGUUAAUGUGAACGAAGAACACGAGUUAAUAGCUUCUCUUGCUUUACAACACCGUAAUGGUUCUGACGCCAGUUUUAAGUCAAGUUCCAGUACAGAAUCAGAUUCUCUGCCUUUCGCAAAUGAAAAUGCUGGUACGAUAAAACAAAGAGCUGCUCGCGCACAAGAAUAUGCAAGUGGUAAUUCUAAUAACAAUAUUCAAAGCCAUGGAAUGACCCAUCAUUCUGGUGGUAGCGAACCGGCGGAUGUGUUGAACGACAUUGGGAAUAUGCUUGCAAAUCUCACUGACGAACUUGACGCUAUGCUCGAAGAGGAAAAGCGUCAAGGCUUGACUUCAUAAUUGCUGCCUUUGUUUGCACCGUCUUUUCAGUUAUUAACGGUAUAAAAAAGAGCAUCUUUAGCGACACAACUGAUAAUUAAAAUAUAAACUUCCCACGCUGUAAGGUAUGAUAUAGUAGAACACGAGCGCAUAUAGGUUACAGGAUUAAAUUCAAAUUUCUUCGAUCCAAAUAGCUACUAUUUCGAAAUGAGAACGCUCGGAGUUGGAUAACUACUAGACUACGUUUUGUUACGUUGAUCUAUACAUAAGUUGUAUUACGCAAAGUAAUAUCCUGUUAUAAUUGUAUUGGUUAGUAUGGUGGAUCAUAUAUUCAUCCAUGCCAUAAUCUUAAUUUUACCAGGUUCUAUUUCCUUUCUUCUCUCUUUCUAUAGAGCAAAGCUUCUUAUUUUUCUAUCGAAAUAUUAUGAACUCGUGAAGUUUCCAGAGACACCUUGUUGCACAAUUUUUCUAAUCCUCGUAUUCCUCUAAAGUACUUAUUACUAUACAUUAUUUUUACUUACGUUUAUUACAUUUGUACAAGAUAAUAUUGAAAUUAUAAAUAUUUGACAGUUUGGACUACGACAUUUUUAUGAGGAAUAUACUCGUACAAGAGAAAACGUUACAAUGGAAAUACACUUAAUGAAUAAGUAUAAUCGAUACGUAUGCCUUAUGAAAAGAAGACUGUAAAAACAUCAGUGUAGUCUAGGUCCCUAAACUGAAUGAUUCCAUCGCUUUAUACAGCAUAAAGACUGAUCUUUUUUCUCUGGAAACUUCAUUAGUGGCAGCAUACAUACAUUCCAGGUAGUAUAUUUCCUUUUCCACUUCCGUCCUUUGCUAAAACGAUAGCACGUUAGAUUGGGACCUUCAUAACUGUUGGAACUGUUAGACAUUUUGAGAUUAGUACAAUACAAAGAGGUAAACUUCUGUAUCCAUUUUCCAGAAUAAAAUGAUUCUUCCAAUGAUGACAAAGGAAAAUAUUGAGUCAAGUUGUUUUGAUAACGAAGCAUAAUUAUACCUUUGACUAUAUUGUGGUACAACAUCUAUAAGAGUUUAUGAUAGUUUAUAUGAAAAAAAAAUUUACAUCUUCCAUUAUUUGAACUUGAAAGAAGUUCUCAUAAGACUGAGAACAAACCAACGUAGAUAUUUGACUGCCAAUUAAAUUUCAAGAUUAUACAGUUUAAUACAGAAUCAUAUGCACUGUAAGCCAAUUAACAUUUUAUAUUUAUUAGCCGUACUAAUAUAGUGAUGUAUGUAACUCACUAUUGUUAUAUGGUGCACAAAUCAUGUGGAACGUACAGAGCAUCCACGUGUAUCAAAUCAAAGUAACGAUAGUAGUAGAAUGUUGUUGAUAAAGUGUUCAGGUUCCCCCCACAUCCAGACAUGAUAUUGAUACGUAUUGAAAACUUGGGCGUAAAACUUUAUGGCGUAAACUUUAUUAGAACAAUUUAUGUGUAUGUGCGAAUGCACGUAUACAUAUACAUCUGUACGCGGUAACACUAAAUCAUUAUUGAACAUGAGUUUGUACUCGGUUUAGUUUGAGAUUUCAAGUAUUUUGAAGUCUGUGAUCUUCAUUAACUGCCUCCAAUCUUUGUUAACAAAACAGUUUGUAUGUACUACAAUUGAAAUGUUUCAUUUUUUAAUUCAUAUGUAUAGCAUUUAGAAUUCUUAUGCAUACAGUUUCAGUGAAACGUUCAUAAGGUAUAUAAAACUUGUUGUAUCUGUGUAAAUCAGUUUUACAACCGAAUCGUGAAGAAAUUAAUUAAAAUGAACUCGAUUAUAUUAUCAUUGUUUUAAUGAAUUUUAGUUUUAAUCUUGAUACAUGAUUUGUUAUAUAUCUUUAAAUUCAGCUAUGCCCUAUUAUUAUGACACAAGAAAAUGUGGUAGGACAUAUACAAGAUUUUGAAAUACACUUAAAACUUAGGUUAAUCAACUAAACAUUGGGGCUACGUUAUUGUGGCCUGCAGACUUGUUAACUACUGUAGGUAUACAUAUAAUAGUAUAUACGUAUAUCAUUUUAAGCAGUGUACUUAGGGAAACUGUUUUGCGGUGCUGCAAAUUUAUAAAUUAAUUAUUAAUUAUGUUUUAAUUCUUAUUGCAGUGUAUUAUUAUUAGAUUUGUGCUAAUAUCGGAUAAAGCUUUUGCGCUAAGUUAUUUCUAAAGAAAAACUUGAGCAAUACAUUUGAAUGGUGACGAUUUUUAAUGUCGCGAAGAAGCGAAUAAGAUUUUUAUAUUUAUAAACAGUUGUUUAGACAUUUACUAUCCAACGGAUUGAUAAAUUGCUUUUUAAAGUUAAGAUUAGAAAUUGGAUACAGAUACAUGAGUAUUUUUAAGAUCAACUAUUUACGAUAAGAAAUAUACAAGUAAUUCGUUUCCUUUAAAAAAAAUUAUUGAUAUAACAAUAAUUAACAUCAAAAAAAUGAAAACUAUACAGUGAUAUUUCGAUGCAGGUAUUUAGACAGUAUGAAUGUUAAUACGAUGAGAAAUUUUGCAAGUAAUAAACGUUGGCAGGAAAUAAAAUAUUUUAUACUAACAUUACAUGGUCGAAUAACCAUAUUUGUUUUUAUAACAUAUAAAUUGACAAUUUUGAUAAAUGUAAAUUAAGCACAAUAGAAUAUAAUCAACAAUGUCGAUUUUCGGACUGAAAUUUCAUACUUAAUGCGAUAUGAAGAGAUAAGUUCAAUCAGAAAUUCAAAACAACCUCUGUAUAGAAUUAUGAAACAUCAAAUGUGUAUAAUUAUAAUAGAUUUAUUUAAUAUUUAUUUGACGAUCAAUUCUUGAUUAUUAAGCGUAUCGAAAAUGUUAUAAUUUUAUUAGUAUUUCGAAAGUAUUAUUUUAAGUAAAACAUUUUAUUAUGAAAGAUAUAGGUCCGCGCAAUAAUAAAACUUAUAUACAGUAACAUAUACAUAUUAAUAUAUGUAGUUUAAUAGCGUCACUAGAAAUGCUUAAGACGAUAUAAUUAUUGCUUUUAGACGAACAAAAGUUUGUGAAGAAAACAUUUUUUUAUAGUAUUAUUCACAUUUUCAUUUUAACGCGAAUUAACUAUCAUUAUAGAUUAAAUACACUAUGUUUACUUAAAAUAAUGCAUUCGUGGCGUUCAUGGCAGUUUGUGGCAUUCCUUCAAUCGAUGAAACAUAUGCUAUUUACUAUUUUUAAGUCCUUAUAGUUUUGUUUAAGCAAAUAGUUAAUAUUAAGCGAUAUCAUAAUACGAACAGAAUUCAAUUGAUGGCUGAUUUUUGGCAGCUAAUUCAGAAUUCCUGAAGACAUUGCUUCUACAUGGUAUAUACAUAUUAUAUAUAUAUAUAUAAAUAUUAUAUAAAUAUAAAUAUAAAUAUAAGUAUGUAUAUGUAUUUAUAUUUAUAUUUGUAUUCACUUAGUCAUAGUUUUUGUACAAAACGUAUGCGUCGCUGCAGUUUUGUUCAGCGAAUUCAAUAUCCGCCUAACUGCAUUUUACGAGUCCUCGAGGCCCUUCCUACUUUUUGUGUUUGUUUAAAUGCACGUUAAAUACAUUAUUUUAUUUAUCAAUUAUGAUGAAAAUCAUUAAAUAAAACUAAUUGACAGACUCAA